AUGAAUAAUAAUAAUAAUAAUAUAAUAGAAUGUAAUAAUAUAGAUUGUAAUAAUUGUAAUAAAAAAAAUGAUGAAAAUAAUAAUAAUAAUAGCGGCGGUAGUAAUAAUAAUGAUCAUUAUGAUGCAGAUGUUGUUGGAAAGAAAGUGAACAACAACAACAAUGUUAGUGUCAGUGGAGAUAGAGUUGUUUUGAAUGUUGGUGGUCGACGAUUCGAGACCUAUAAAUCAACGUUUAGCGUGUAUCCUACUUCGCUGCUCGGUGUGAUGUUCAGUGAGCGAAACCGACAUCUGCUGUGUCCCGAUGAGAAUGGCGAGUUCUUCUUUGAUCGAUCGUCGAGCCUGUUCGAAUCGAUACUCGAUUUCUACAGAACGGGCGGCGAAUCGAUCGAACCACCAAUCGGCUACAACUGGCGACAACUCCAAAAGGAGAUAGAUUACUUUCAACUACCAAUAAUAACCACAAGAUAUAGUAAUUACUAUAUCAACACGACGACGACUAAUAACAAUAAUAAUAAUAAUAGUAAUAAUAGUAAUAAUAAUAAUAAUAAUACGACAAAUGGAAUAAUUCACUUAUCAAGUAGUACUGGUCUGUUGUUGGAUGAUCCAAUGGCAACGCUUGGUGAACGGCUAUUCAAGGUGUCGCUACAUAGAACACGCACGCAGCUUGGCGACACACUACAACGCAUCAAAGAUCAUAUCAUUGAGACAUUGUUCCGCGCGGCAGAACAAGGUAAACAAACAGAGAUCAUUCAAUUCAAAUCGACAUCGAGUGGAACCGAAGAGUUUUAUUCAUUCGUGAGUAAUCUGAGGAACAGAGAACUACUCUUGCAUGACCUCAUGAACGAAGGUCUUGACGUCUCUUUCAGUGAAGAAUUCAGUAGCUUCUAUCAUUCCUAUCUCUUUCAAGUGACAUUCUGGACGAGAUAUACAAGAAAUAGAAAUACUGAUAUGCCACCUACUGCUGAUCAAGUAUUAAAUGAAUUUAAACAAAAGAUAACACAAUUAGCAGAUAUAAUGUAUAAUAAGAAAUAA